AUGGCGCAACACUCCACCAUCGCGCGGUCGGCCAUUAUGUCUUCUGCCUCGUCGCCAGAUCCUGCAGAGCUGGGCGAUCAGAGGAAUAUGAACCAGCCGCCCAACGGCCUCAGUUCGACCACUAGCGUCACCGGGUCGGGCAAAGAAGGAUCAUUAAUGCCUCCUCCGAAGACUGUGGUCGGUAGAGCGCUAGGUAAUGACCUGCAUUCCGAUAAAACAUCGCAGGCGCCCAAGGGCGGAGUCGGAACCGCCCUGACUGACACUCCGAUUUCUACCGCACCCCCGUCUCCACAGAUUACGGGUUUAAGCAAUCUCAGUACUCCCAGCAGCCGAGUCCGAGCAACUACACUUGAUAUCCCCGGCUUGACCAAAUCGAAGGUUUCUCCCGAUGGCCGCAUUGCUCAACGUGAUGUUGGCGCGAAGCUGGUCAUCGUUAUGGUCGGCCUCCCGGCCCGUGGCAAGAGUUACAUCACCAAAAAGCUUGCUCGAUACCUGAACUGGCUGCAACAUGAUACCCAGAUCUUCAACGUUGGUGAACGUCGUCGUGUGGCCGCAGGCAGGUCACCUUCGCCAGCGAAACCCGGCGAUUAUGAGAAGAAAGCCAGCCCCAAUCUCCACAAGGACCUUCUCGACUCAGUGCGUCGGCUGAGCGUCAGUGUUGGAACUAUGAACCAGAAUGAAUCAUCGCCACCCGAGAGUGAGAAUGAAGCGCCACUGCCGCCGCCAGUUGUCCCAGCUAAGAUCCUUGUCAACGGCGAAGAGCCCCAGUCUAUCUCACAAAAUGGUGGCACCGUGAUCCCUUCCAUCGACGCUGGCCCGGCCGAGUCGAUCCAGGAUGAAGAGGCAAUCAAUGAAGCUUCCCCAGAGCCCAUGGACCAGACUGCCAACUUCUUCGACCCUCAGAACCAACGUGCUGUCAAGCUUCGCGAGCAGGUGGCUCUGGAUACCCUUGAUGAGCUGCUUGAAUACAUCCUGGAAGAUGGUGGAGCUGUCGGUAUCCUCGACGCAACCAACAGCACCAUGGAACGCCGAAAGGCUAUCGUCGACCACAUUCGCAAGCGUGCUGGUCCCGAGCUUGGCAUCUUGUUUCUGGAGAGCAGCUGUGUGGACAAGGAUUUGCUUGAGGCAAAUAUGCGCCUGAAGCUCUCCGGACCGGACUACAAGGGUCAAGACCCCACCAAAGCCCUGGAGGAUUUCAAGAAGCGAGUUGCCCUCUACGAGAGAUCGUACGUCCCGCUGGGUGAAUACGAGGAGAAGCACAAUAUGGCCUACAUCCAAAUGAUUGAUGUUGGCCGCAAGGUCGUCUCCCACCAAACCCAUGGCUUCCUCUCCUCGCAGGUCGUUUACUACUUGCUCAACUUCAAUCUGUCUCCCCGCCAGAUCUGGAUCACAAGACAUGGCGAGAGCGUGGACGACGCGGCCGGCCGCAUCGGCGGAGACUCCGGGCUUAGCGAGAACGGCAAGCGCUUCGCCAGUGCUAUGACUCGCUUCAUCGACCACCAGCGACAGCAGUGGGAGAUCUACCAGCGUCAAAAGCACUUGGUGGCGCACUUCCCACCCCGACCUGGUGACAGCACGCCUCCUAACCCGUCCUGGAUUCCCCGUGACCGUCCGCGCAAUUUCUGCGUCUGGUCCUCGAUGAUGCAGCGGUCCGUCCAGACCGCCGAGAACUUCAAUGAAGAGGAGUACGAUGUGAAGCAGAUGCGCAUGCUAGACGAACUUCACUCUGGAAAGAUGGAGGGAAUGACCUACAAGGAGAUUCAGGAGCAGUAUCCCGAGGAGUAUGCGCAUCGUAAGAAGGACAAGCUCUUUUACCGUUACCCAGGUCCCGGUGGAGAGGGAUAUCUGGAUAUCAUCAACCGUCUUCGCACCGUCAUUGUCGAAGUCGAGCGCACGACUGAUCACGUCCUCCUUGUCAGCCACCGCUCCACUGCGCGCGUUCUCCUGUCAUAUUUCCGCGGUCUGAAGCGUGACGAGGUUGCUGAUCUUGAUGUGCCCAUGGGUAUGCUGUAUAUGCUGGAGCCCAAGCCAUACGGCGUCGACUUCAAGGCGUAUCAGUAUAACCCGGAAACCGACUGGUUCGACUUUGUGCCGGAGUAUGAACUGCACCAGGUCGGCUCGACGCAAAAGGCUUAA